AUGGCGAGCUCAUUGGAGAUACAGGCGAAUGGCGACACUGUCGGUGGUACCGCUACCCUCUCCUCUCGUCGCCUCUUUCAAGAGCGCAUCAACGCACUCCUCUCGGCACCUGUGCCACUUUGUCUUCAGAGUGAGCCACAAGGGGACUCAUCUUUUCGAACAGGUUACAUGUCCGUAGCGGAGCCAGUAGGCAGCGGCGCGGCAACCGAGCUCUCCCUGCACGGUGCGCCCUCCUCUAAGCGAAAUGCCGCGACGUGCGCUACGCACCCCCUUCCCAUUUAUGAGGCACUUCUGCAGAAAGGUCGACUAAUGCAGGAGCAUCGCGAGCGGCUUCGCCAAGAAGCAAUUGAGCGAGAAAUGCGCGAGGUGCGGCCGGCACCACGCGUCCCCAUCUCGCCAACCCCGGUACCCGUGCAGGCACCUCGCUCGGCACGCCGCGUUCCUCCCCAGGGAAAACGCAUCGAGGACAAAUUGCUUCAGAGGGCCAAGGAAAAGCACGCACUGGAGGAGAAGGCUGUGCAGAUGCGGGCGGAGCGCGAGGCUGAGGACCUGGCAGUCAUCGCUCCUUUUCAUCCUCACAUCUCAGCUUACGCCCUGGCGACUAAAUCACGUUACAAGGAGCCCCCACCGGACCGAGCUGCGUGGCGGGCGAGGCGGUUGGCAGAACUCACGCAAAUUCGCAAAAACUCGGAGGCGGAAGCGCUGGAGGAGCUGCAGGACGUGCCGUCCAUCAACCCACGUUCUGCGAAGCUCGCUGCCCGGAGGAAGGCGAGAGAGGGUUUGGAUGGGAUAUCGGUGCCUGACGCCUUUCUUCUUGGUGAGCAUCGUCGUCGGUUGGCACAGUGGAAGGUAGCUGAGGCGGAGCGAGAAGCUCAGGCACGUGCAGGCCCGUCUAUCACUCGGCAUGCUGCAAACAUGCGGCGCAUUGGCAGUGUUGGCGAUCGACUGCAUGCAGAAAGCUACCAAGCUGCGAUUCGCCGCUUGCAGCGGGAAAUGACGUGGCGCGAGGUCCACACACCAUUUCAGCCUCUUGUCACGCCUCUAGCUGCCGCCACCGCGCCGCGAUAUCAACGCGAGAGCAACAUCGGCGUGCACACCAAAACUCUAGAGGGCACCCGCAGCUUUUCGCGGCAAAGCUCGACCCCACGGGACUCCUUUCAACCCUCAAUCAACCCAGUUAGUGCAGCGAUUGCGCAGCGACUACCGGAGACAGCAAUGGAGCGACUGUGUCGACCCAGUGCUCUUCAUUCUCUUGCCUCCUACGUCGAUUCCUCCAGCUUCAUGGACGCUUCUGGUGUGUCUCCGUCUCCAUCUCUUGCAGCCCGUUCCCAGACACGUCGCACCUCGCUGUGUACGCCGUCCGCGCACCAGCAACAGGGUACUGUAUCGAACACCCCCUUCUCGACGCCAGAGGUCCUUCCCAACUCUGUGAUUGUCUCUCUGGAUGCGUAUGAGCGUCGACGACAGAGGCGCCUGGAGGCGCUGCGCAAGGAGCAAGCAGAGCACGAGAAGCGAGAGUGCACGUUUCAGCCGCAGAUCAAUGCACACUCGUCAUCUUUGACGGGGGCCUUUACGAGCGCGAGCGGUCAGCGUGGUCCCAACGCCGUGGCGCAGCGGAGCGGCGAGUGGCUGCAGCAUCGAGAGCGACAUCUUGAGACGAUGCGGCAGUGGCAGGCAGAGCAGGUGGCGGCAGCGGAGGCGAUUGCGGCACGCAGGAGAAGCAGCGCUAGCACGGCUACCGCUUCCUCCUCGACGCUGUCGUACAGCGUCUACGGCGGUGAUGGUACUCCGUGGGGCGUGGAGGAGUACCUUGCCAGGCAGCAACUCGCUCGCACGAGGCGACAGAGGGCGGAAGAGACUUUGGAGCGCCAAAGUGUCUCUGUCGAUGGACGCAGUCACACAUCCCUCUCAUCGGCGCCACCCCCAGCCAGGACGCAAGAGAGGCUGGCUCACCAUGUGCAGAACUCUAGCACACGCAGCCAAACACCCUCGCCGAUUCUCAGUUUUCGGCCGGCCGUGUUCGAGUCGCAGCACCCAUCUGUUGCUCCUAUGUUUGUCUCUACGGAAGACGCUCCUAGCAGCGGCGCCUGGUGA